AACUUUUUCUUCCAAUCAAAUAUAGCUGGAAGUUUGUAGCUACAACUAAAGGGCAGUUAAAGUUUUAUAAUAUUUCUUAAAUUCUAACAAUUAUUUUAUAAACAACUUAACAAAAUGUCUCUUUAUCCUUCUCUUGAAGAUAUGAAAGUUGAUCAUAUGGCUAAGGCCCAGGCGCAUGUUGCCCAACAGCAACAGCAACAACAGCAUGCUAUAGCAGCACAACCAGGAGCACAGGCACAGGCUAUGCCAAUGCCAUCUGGUGGGUUAUAUCCUUCUCUUAACGAUUUUAUGGGUCUGCAACUUACACAAGAAAGUAUUAGAUCACACAUGCCAGAAACUGGACAGCAAGUUGUUCAAUAUCAACCGGCAUCUAGUUCUAUGGUUGCACCUGUAACGGGCCAACAAAAUGUUGGAUUAAUGCGUUCAGAAAUCAAACAAGGUAUUCGACCAGUUGUUACAUGUAAAGAUGCUAAGGGAAAACUUGGUCUUCGUGUUCAACACAUCAACAAAGGAGUUUUUGUAUCAUUUGUACAAAGAGAUUCACCUGCUGCUUUGGCUGGCCUCCGCUUCGGUGAUCAAAUUUUGCAAAUCAAUGGUACAACAAUUGCUGGAUUUGAUCGUGAAAAGGUUAUGAAUUUGAUCAAGAAAUCAUCUCCUGAACGAAUUGAGAUAGCUGUUAGGGAUCGGCCUUUUGAAAGAGCUAUCACACUACAAAAGGACAGUGCUGGUCAUGUUGGUUUUGUAUUUAAGAAUGGAAAAAUCACUUCUAUUGUGAAAGACUCAUCUGCAGCCAGAAAUGGACUGUUGAUCGAGCACAAUCUGCUUGAAGUUCAUGGUCAAAACGUUGUUGGAUUAAAGGACAAAGAAAUAUCAGAAAUCCUUAAAAGCAGCGAUCGCACAAUAACUAUUACUAUUAUGCCAUCAUUCAUUUAUGAACAUAUGGUCAAAUGCAUGUCAGACAGUCUUGUCAAAAAGAAGAUGGACCACUCGAUUCCAGAUUUAUAAAGAUCCGGAAUAACUUGUAAACACCGUCACUGUUCCGUUAAAAAAAGAAGAAAUAAGAAAAUAGAAAAUAAAAGACUUUGUAAAUAGCUCGCAUAUUUUUAUAAAGGAGUUCUUAGCAGAACUGUAUAAUGGUGAUGGAGGAAGAACUCUUAGUUUUACUGACAUGACGACUUAAAAAAAAAAAAUUAAAAAGUUUCUUAAAAUUUGAUGAUUCUAACCUGAAGUAAUAUGUGAUACUUUGUUGUGUUCGUUAGCUUUUAAUGACAUCAUUACCACUACUUUUAUGAACUUAUUAAAUGUAAAUUGAUGGAUGAUGAAAAAAACUCUUAUGUCGUA